AUGUCUAACUACCUACAGACAAUCCAAUAUGCCUCAACACACUGCAAAAAGACACUUGCCAGUUCAGACUAUGGAAAGUAUCUGCUUAGCCAGGCUCGGCUUUAUGAGCAGCUUGACAAUGCCAUUACCUUCCUCCAAAUUCCUCCGUCUGCGUCCCCAGCGGCUGUCGCUGCUAUUCUUCCCAAUAUCACUGACGAGUUUAAAUCAGAAACGUUAGCACAGCCCCAACAGCAACUGUCAAAGGGUCUGACCUCGGGCAAGCAGAGCGCGUCUAUUGACACGUUUCCCAACGAGACAGCCCUUUAUGGUGGUCCAGUUAUCGGCCCGGUCAGCCAAUUCUCUGUCAUCAAGCGGCACUAA